GAGGGGCGGGGCGGCGGAGGGAUCGCGGCGACCCUGCAGCCGGGAUAACCUUGAGGCUGAGGCAGCGGAGUCCGGCACUGGAGCGGCGCGCUGCGAGCUGCGAAGCCUCUUGGUUAGUCUGCAGUGGCAGUGCAGCCGGAACCGGAGCACGCCGGAGUUCCUCUGGACCCAAGACCUCAGAAGCCAUGUCGAAGCCUCACAGUGAUGUCGGGACUGCCUUCAUUCAGACCCAGCAGCUGCAUGCAGCCAUGGCCGACACAUUCUUGGAGCACAUGUGCCGCCUGGACAUUGACUCACCGCCCAUCACAGCCCGGAACACUGGUAUCAUCUGUACCAUCGGCCCAGCUUCCCGAUCAGUGGAAAUGUUGAAGGAGAUGAUUAAGUCUGGAAUGAAUGUGGCUCGUCUGAACUUCUCUCAUGGAACACAUGAAUACCACGCAGACACCAUCAAGAAUGUGCGCACUGCCACGGAGAGCUUUGCUUCUGACCCCAUUCUCUACCGGCCAGUUGCUGUGGCCCUGGACACUAAAGGACCCGAGAUCCGAACGGGGCUCAUCAAGGGCAGUGGCACCGCAGAGGUGGAGCUGAAGAAAGGAGCCACUCUCAAGAUUACUCUGGAUAAUGCCUACAUGGAAAAGUGUGACGAGAACAUCCUGUGGCUGGACUACAAGAACAUUUGCAAGGUGGUGGAAGUGGGCAGCAAGAUCUACGUGGAUGAUGGACUUAUUUCUUUGCAGGUGAAGGAGAAAGGUGCUGACUACCUGGUGACGGAGGUGGAGAAUGGCGGCUCCUUGGGCAGCAAGAAGGGUGUGAACCUCCCCGGGGCUGCAGUGGACCUGCCCGCCGUGUCAGAGAAGGACGUCCAGGAUCUGAAGUUCGGGGUAGAGCAGGAUGUAGAUAUGGUGUUUGCAUCUUUCAUCCGUAAGGCAUCUGAUGUCCAUGAAGUCAGGAGGGUCCUGGGAGAUAAAGGAAAAAACAUCAAGAUAAUCAGCAAAAUUGAGAAUCACGAGGGAGUUCGCAGGUUUGAUGAGAUCCUGGAAGCCAGCGAUGGCAUCAUGGUGGCUCGUGGUGACCUAGGCAUCGAGAUUCCGGCAGAGAAGGUCUUCCUCGCACAGAAGAUGAUGAUUGGGCGGUGCAACCGAGCUGGGAAGCCUGUCAUCUGUGCCACGCAGAUGCUGGAGAGCAUGAUCAAGAAGCCCCGGCCCACCCGGGCUGAGGGCAGCGACGUGGCCAAUGCCGUCUUGGACGGGGCCGACUGCAUCAUGCUGUCUGGAGAGACGGCCAAAGGGGACUACCCUCUGGAGGCUGUUCGCAUGCAGCAUCUGAUUGCCCGUGAGGCAGAGGCCGCCAUCUACCACUUGCAAUUAUUUGAGGAACUCCGCCGCCUGGCGCCCAUUACCAGCGACCCCACAGAAGCCGCUGCCGUGGGUGCCGUGGAGGCCUCCUUCAAGUGCUGCAGUGGGGCCAUAAUCGUCCUCACCAAGUCUGGCAGGUCUGCUCACCAGGUGGCCAGGUACCGCCCUCGCGCCCCCAUCAUUGCUGUGACCCGGAAUCAUCAGACAGCUCGCCAGGCCCACCUGUACCGCGGCAUCUUCCCUGUGUUGUGUAAGGACCCAGUGCAGGAGGCCUGGGCAGAGGACGUGGACCUCCGGGUGAACUUGGCCAUGAAUGUUGGCAAGGCUCGAGGCUUCUUCAAGAAGGGAGAUGUGGUCAUUGUGCUGACUGGGUGGCGCCCUGGCUCCGGCUUCACCAACACCAUGCGUGUAGUCCCUGUGCCAUGAUGGGCCCCAGAGCCCCUCCUCCAGCCCCUGCCCCAUCCCCCUUCCCCGCCCCCCCAUCCAUUAGAGCAGCAGUGCUUGUAGUGCUCACUUGGGGCUGUAGUGUGGCACUUGUAGGCCGGGCACAAGGGAAGAAGAUAAAUGCCUCUGAAACAUGGCUGUUUUUGAGACCUUGGGUCAUGUGACUCCACCCAAGGAAGGAAGGGUGCAGGAAUGGGGGCCCCAGCGCUUAGCACAGAGGGCAACAGCUCCUGCUUCCGUUCCUUUGUGUACUUGAUACAGUUCCUGUAGAAAAGGGAUUCCCAGAGAACUUGAACCCUGGCCUGGGGUCAGGAGACAACCUUAAGAGUAGGGCCUGGGGUAGUGGUUCCAGUUCAGGCAGGCCCUGGCCCUUGCUGCUCCAGCCGCGGGCUCUCCCACUCCCACUGUGUUGUGCACAGUGCACUUGUGUUCCGACACUCCACUCAGCUGUUGCUGCAAACACUCCGCCCUCCACCUUCCAUUUUCCCUACUGUGGCAGGCCUGUUGCUAUAGAGUCUACCUGUGUGUCAAUAAACAACAGCUGAAGCACC